CCUUCAUUAUUGAAAAACUGAUCUGAUUUGUGCUUUACGGUGUUGGGUUCCAUUGUUACUGAAAAAAAGAAGAAGCUUGCUUUACGCUCUUAAUUUUGAUCCUUUUGUGGGUUUCCAGUAAAAGGAAAUAGCGUUUAAAGAUGUUCCAGUUGUUGUUUAUUGUUAUAUUCGUAGAGAUGGUGGUGAUCGUCUCAUUAUCCUUCAAAACUCCGUUAAGGAAGCUGAUAUUGCUGAUUCUGGAUCGGGUCAAGAGGGGAAGUGGUCCGGUGGUAGUGAAGACGGUGGCCGGAACAGUGGCCGUUGUGAUGUUGUCGUACGUUUACAGCAUGAUGAUGAUCAAGAAGCGUUGGAUCGAGGAUGGAAACGUUUCUCAGACCGACGAGAUUCUCAUGGCCAAAAACCUCCUCGAAACUACUCUCAUGGGGGGGUUGCUGUUCCAUGCAUAUAUUAUAGACAAAUUACACCAUUAUAUUAAAGAACUCCGUAUAAGAAGGAAGACGAUGGAGACUGCCAAGAAACAAGGUCAGGGAUUUGAAGAUGCAGGUCGGUCGGGAACAGACAAAGUUACAGCCUUGCAGGAAGAAAUAGCCACUCUGAGGGCAAGGAUUAGGCAGCUGGAAUCUGACUAGAGCUUGUCACAUGCAAGUGGUAAGAAGAACGAAAUACCAAAGGAAUUUGAGCAUCUCUUGCAGUUUCAUUAGCUUUUUUCAAAUAAAGUUUCCGCAGGAGUCUUGUAAUGGAGUUUGUUUGUUGCAGUUUAGUUUCAGUUCAUGAAUUAUGCCGAACAGAGUAAUAUGUUGAAUGAAUCAAUGGAUGAGUUUUGAUAUUUGAUCCGAACAAAAUGUUUGAUA